AUGGCGGACCAGAAAUUCACUACCUGGUGGGCCGUUGUCCACAUCGCAAUUAUCCUAUUCCGUUACACGCCCUGUCUUUAUGUAGCUGGCAUCGCCUCUCUGUUCCUCAUCAAUGGCUCUGGAGCCUGGGACCUGACAUCAAUGAGGAUUCUGUGCGGUGCCUUGACGGCCGAGGCUGUCUACUAUCUUUCCGCAUGGCGCCCAUACCACGCACGUCUCAACCUCCCCGCAGAGUACCCUGAGCUGUGGCCAGCCACGCGUAAGGAGAGACGAGAACUCUUUGAUGAGUGCUUUGCCCAUGUCUCUGAACCGGAAGCCUAUCUCCGCUGGUGGUUUCUGGGAUCAGACCGACACGAUAUUCGUCGAGACAACGUGAGAGAGUUCAUUACCUGGGGCUUCUUUGAUAGAGAUAGCCUAUACCCGGAUGUCCAUCCAGAGGACGCCGAGCUCCAGAAGGAGAUUGACGAGUAUGUAGCUGCCUUUGAGAAGAAGUUGGGGUCCCCUCUUGCUGAGGGCCGUGGCCCAGCCAAAAGCCUGCGUCUCACUGUAGACCCAAUUCAGACAGCUUACCGCGGUCUGGCCUGGUACUCGGUUGUCUUUCUCAUCGACCAACUCACACACCUGUCAAUGGCUUUGAUGGGAUUUCGAUAUCAUCCACCGGCUGAAGGAGCACCCGUCUUCCCCCCCCGGCCACAGGUCCUCUUGGCCAGCGAAACGUCUCCCGCAUCCAGCCUUGGUUACUGGUUCAAACCCCAUAGGGCUGGACCAGACACGUUGCCCGUUGUCUUCUUCCAUGGAAUCGGAAUCGGCCUUUGGACAUAUCUGCGCUUCUUUUGUGGAAUUUCCAAGCCUAAUGAUAACGGCAGCUCACUCGGAGUCAUUGCCAUCGAGAUGCUCCCAAUAUCCUUCCGCCUCACAUCUCCACUGCCCAGACAAUCCGAGUUUGUGCGCCAGGUGACCAACAUUCUUGACUACCACGGUUGGGACCAAGUAUCCGCUGUUUCCCACUCAUACGGUUCCGUGCCGACGACGCAUAUAAUUCGUUCGCCUGAGCUGAAACACCGGGUGACCUCGGUCGUACUGCUCGACCCGGUCACCAUCCUCCUGCAUCUUCCUUACGUCGCUUACAAUUUCACUCGCCGCGCUCCCAGCGCCACCAACGAGUGGGUUUUGUGGUACUUUGCGAGCACAGAUCCUGGCGUCGCACACUGCCUCGGCCGUCACUUUUUCUGGCGACACAAUGCCGUAUUCAAACGCGAGCUACUCGCCCCCGUACCCAUCCACCAACAUGGCCACUCGGAUCGUGCACAGUCAGAUGGCAGUGCCCAGUUAGGACGCGACAGCAGUGACAGCAGUAAUGACGACCAUAUUUACGUCCGGCCCAGGAGAGUGGCCGUAUGCCUGUCCGGCCGAGAUUUAAUUGUUGAGACGGGUGCUGUGGCUCAGUACCUGACCCAGCAGGAGGAACCAAAGGGCGGGGAGUCCCAUAUUGAAGAGUCAACAAUAACAAGGACGGACGACUCCAUUGAGGUGAUGAUAUUUCCUGAUCUAGACCACGCCCAGAUAUUCACCACUGCAAAAGACACUAGCAGGGUUAUUGAUCUCGUGAAGAACUAUUGUAAGAUAUGA